AAAUCUAUUCCUCUCAAGAGCAAUCAAAGAAAUGUCAUCAAUAGCUUCUGGUACAGCUCCAACAACCAAAUCCGCCGUUUGUUUCAGAAAAACAAUCAAGUCUGCAGCUUUUCCAUUACAGUCUCAUCGAUCUUCGUCUUCGUCUUCUCUGCUAAUGUUAUCAUCGUUAUCUUGUUUCUCAUCACCUAACUCUGCAAAACUACUAAACUCUAACGGUGGUUCCGUAGUCUCCUCUUCUCCUAAACCCUUCAGACCCAUUAUGCAAUGGGAAGACGUCACGGUAAAGAUGGUAGUGGAUGCACCAGCUGCCGUGGCUUACAAGUUAUACGCAGAUCGUGAAUUGUUCCCAAAGUGGAUGCCAUUUGUGUCAUCUGUUGAGGCUAUGGAGGGUAGACCAGAGCUAUCGCGUUACUUGGUAAAACUCGAGUCUUUUGGACAAAAUAUUGAGUAUCAUUUUCUCGCUAAAAAUUUACAGCCUAUACCAGAUCGAAAGCUGCAUUGGAGAUCUAUCGAAGGCUUUAAAAAUAGAGGCAGUGUUCGAUUUUUCCCGAGAGGUCCCUCCUCCUGCUUAGUAGAGAUGAAUUUUUCAUUUGAAGUUCCACAUGCUUUUGCUCCAGUUGCAUUCGCAAUUAAACCGUUUAUGGAGAAGCUUAUUCGUGGGGGAUUGGAACAUUUUGCUGCCUUCGUGAAGACCAUUUAAUUAAGGCAAAAGAAUCAAGAAAUCGUUACCAGGAAACUUACUUCCUUUGCUUUAGGCAAAUAAAUGAUUUUUUUGGUUUUGGAUUAUGAAACGUUCAAACCAUGUAAUGUAAUGCAAUGCUGUUCAUCA